GGUGGAGAGAAUAAAGAAUUUUGAAUGUUGGGUAGGCAAUAAGCUCGGGGAUUUGAACGCGAAUAUUGUUUUGAAAAGGGUUUUGCCGUGGACUUGGAAGAUCAACGGCCGACGGAAUGGCGGCCGACUUGCCGAUGAGCCCUCAAUUGGAGCAGAUCUACGGUGAAAUUCAGGAUCAUUUUCGUGCUCUUGCGUUUUGUCUGGUGGUCGGCAAUACACUAAAUCAACCCCUGAAAUCUUGAACACUAACCCCAAUUAGAUGAUAAUGAGAAUGUAUACCUCAACGUAUUCGUUAGUGCUCUUCGCCACACCCAAAUCUCUUUUAAAUUUAAAUCCAGAUUCUCCACCCAGAAAUCGUCCGCCCCAAAAAUCCAUACAAAAUUCCUCCAUCCCACCAAUUUCCCUAAUCGCAAUUCCCAGAAAUCCCUAAUCGCCCCUAUCCCAGAAAUCCCUAAUCACAAUCUGAAGUUUUUACCCAAAAAAAUUCUUAAUUGCAGCUACCAGAAAUCCAAUCCCAAAUUUCUACCUAAAGAAACCCCUAAUUGCCGUAACUCAAAUGUAAUGGGAAGUCAAGUUGGGAAGAUCGGUCAUGAUAAAGAAGAUGACAAGGAAAAACUGAGCACCGAUUAUGGAAAGAUUUUUCCUUUUUCUCUUUUUAGUCAUUUUCGUUUUAAGCUGUUUUGUAGUUUUCUUUUUAAUUUUCAUAAUCUUCCUUUUACUUAUUUAAUUCUAGAGAGGAAACAUUUUGCAUGGAUUACUUGUAGAUCUUGCCAAAGCAGAGAGGAUUGUCGCUCAUAAUGCCCUACACCAAAAUUCUUCAAGAUUUGGAAGAGAGGAAUUCCUUGAAACUGUUUUCAAAUUUUAAUUAGCAUUUUCUUUCCAUGAAUUCUUGAAACUGUACAUGCAUUCACUGUUGAAACCAAAAUACAUGAGUAUUGGGAGGGAGGACAAGAAUAUAAAGAUAUAAAUGCUAGCUGUAAGUUUCACAUACUUUAUUCAUACUUGAGUUCCACUGACAUUUAAUAUUUGUUUUUGGUUUAUAAUUUUUUGCUCCCUUCUGUUUUUAGGAGCCAAUACAACAAGUUAGUCAAAAGGUUGCUGAAGAAAAGAGGAAUUUGUCAAUGCAGGUUCAGAUGCUGCAAAGAUCUGGUAUGAAAUGACUUUUCCAUUUACUUGAGAUUUAUAAUCACUUUAACCCAAUUCAAUACUAGAAAUUACUCAAGUACAUCCACUUUUUGUUUUUGAAGCCAAUGUUAGUGGAAGUGAAGUAGAAAGAUUAGCAUAAUAUAAAAAUUUGUUCAUGUGCAUGAAGCCAGCAUCAGAAGAGUAAAUUCUUAUCUUUAUA